UUUUGCCACGUUCCACACAUGACUUGACAAACUCUCAGUGUUUUCGAGGUUAGAACAAUCAAGCUCUGCAUUUUCUCUGAUUUUCUGUGAUUUUCCUCUGAGAAAUAUUAUUAAAUUAAUUGAAAGUGUUCGAUAAGACUGCAAGGAACAGAAAAUCAUGGAUCGCUUGCUUCGUUUGGGCGGUGCAAUGCCAGGAUUGACUCAGGCAGCUCCUCCGACAGAUGCUCCUGUUGUGGACACGGCUGAGCAAGUGUACAUCUCCUCCCUGGCCCUCCUGAAGAUGCUCAAGCACGGAAGAGCCGGAGUUCCCAUGGAAGUGAUGGGCCUGAUGCUGGGCGAAUUCGUGGAUGACUACACUGUGCAGGUGAUUGAUGUGUUCGCAAUGCCCCAGACUGGAACAGGAGUCUCCGUGGAGGCUGUGGAUCCCGUCUUUCAGGCCAAAAUGUUGGAUAUGCUGAAGCAAACGGGGCGUCCGGAAAUGGUUGUUGGGUGGUACCAUUCGCAUCCUGGCUUCGGAUGCUGGCUCUCAGGAGUCGACAUCAAUACCCAGCAGUCCUUUGAGGCCCUAAGCGAACGAGCUGUGGCCGUUGUUGUGGAUCCCAUUCAGUCGGUUAAGGGAAAGGUUGUCAUUGACGCUUUCAGGCUGAUCAAUCCGAAUAUGUUGGUUCUGGGUCAGGAACCCAGGCAGACCACCAGCAAUCUGGGCCACCUGCAGAAGCCUUCGGUGCAGGCUCUGAUCCACGGGCUCAAUCGCCACUACUACUCCAUCAGCAUAAACUACAGGAAGAACGAGCUGGAGCAGAAGAUGCUCCUGAAUCUGCACAAGAAGUCCUGGAUGGAUGGCUUGACGCUGGCCAACUAUCACGAUCACUGCUCCAUCAAUGAGAGUACAGUAUCCGAGAUGCUGGAACUCGCCAAGAACUACAACAAAGCGCUGGAGGAUGAAGAGAAGAUGACUCCCGAGCAACUGGCGAUUAAGAAUGUGGGCAAGCAGGAUCCCAAGAGGCAUCUGGAGGAGAAAGUAGAGGUCCUCAUGCAGAACAACAUUGUCCAGUGUCUAGGAGCGAUGCUGGAUACGGUGGUCUUCAAGUGAUUCCCGCACUCUCAUCCAUCAGAUUCACUCUAUUUUCUCCCCUGUACUUGAAAAGAUUUUUUAAUUGGACAAAAAAAAAAUGAAUACACAGAAA